AUGGCCGUAAACGACAGUUUAGAUGCCAAAAAUAUUGUUGAUCAUCACAUUGGAUUCCUUGGCUCUGGCUUGAUGGCUCAGGGGAUAAUCAAGGGUUUUCUCAAUUCUGGUCUUAUCAAAGGGUUUCAAGUUACAAUGUCUGACAAGUUGGGUCCAGGACAACCAGCCUUCAAGUCCAUUGAAGAUAUCGUUAAUCAAUUCGGAGUUGAAUACCUCACAGAGAACGUCCCAAUGGCCGCCAAAAGUGACGUCAUUUUCCUUUGCGUGAAGCCGAACAUGGUUCAGACAGUUCUAACAGAGUGCGCUUGCGCGAUGGCUGGCAAGCUUGUGGUCUCAAUAGCUGCUGGCAUCACAAUUGAGACACUAGAGGAGGCCUUACCAAUGGGUACCCGCGUUAUUCGAGUGAUGCCAAACAUGCCCUGUGUUGUUCAGCAGGGCGCAGGCAUCUUCGCCCGUGGCCAUUGCACUAGUGACGCGGAUGUCCACCUCAUGAAAACUCUUCUCUCUGUCAUCAUUCCUGUUCUUGAGGAGAUCCCCCAGUAUCAAUUCAACGCCGCCACUGCACUCUCCGGCUGUGGGCCUGCCUAUGUCUGUCUAGUAAUCGAGAGUCUCGCUGAUGGGGCUGUGCGUCUCGGUCUGACUCGUGACAUGGCACAUCGACUGGCUGUACAGACGGUCCUUGGUACAGCAGUGCUGGUCCGCGAUUCUGAAAUUCACCCAGCUCAAUUGAGGGAUCAAAUCUGCUCUCCAGGCGGUAGCACCAUCGCAGGAACCUUUACUUUGGAGAGGGCAGGUGUGCGUGCUGCUUUCAGUGCAUGCAUUGAAGCUGCCAAAAUUCGUAACGAUGAAUUAGGAUCUCCGAAGAAGUAG